UUGGAAGCACAGACUAUAAAGGUUGGAAGACGCAGUUGUAAACACGUUUUACUAUUUGGUUAUUAUUAACUGUCAGUCGUAUGAGAAUAAAAUAACUUCAGUAUGCAGAUAAUAUAUGUGUAACAUCCGGUGAGUUAAAAACCCGGAACAAACCAAACAAGCUGCCAGUUAGCUGGUUGUUGUUAAGUUAGCAUGUUAGCACGUUAGCUAGUUGGUAGCAUCAUGGAUCCGUUGACUAUAGUUGUGGAUGAAGUGGCUUUGGAAGGACUGGACGGAAUAACUAUCCCCUCUCUGUGGAUAAGAUUAGAGAAUAGAAAGCCUGCUUUUCCCCUGAAACUUGAUGACCACACCAAGGAGCUUGUCUGGAGGUCCCUUAUCAACAACACCGAGCUGAAGCUGUACCAGCUGCCGCAGGAGAGAGACGAUGUGGUGCUGUUUGACAGGUUCAAAGGCAUCGACCCAGAAACGGGCAUUGAAACAAGACAUAAUUUUCCUGACAGGAAAGAUGUCUACCCGGUUGAUAUGAUUCUAGAAAACAAGAAUGGGAUUCAGGGCUCCUGUGUAUUAUUCAAAGAGAGGAAAGACAUCACUAAAAAUGUCCGCUCCGAGUCCCUCGCCCCCUUACUCAACCUGCAGGAGACUUUGGAACAAUAUGGCCGAAAGCUUGUCGUGGUGGCGUGUCAGACGCUACGAUUCAGGACCCUGAUUGGUCCGGAGAGCGAUCCUGAUUUGAAACUCAACGACGACUCUUACUGCGUGCUGGAACGAGUCGGCCGAGCUCGAUGGCAAGGAGAGCUUCAAAAGGAUCUGCACGGAAGCUCCUUCAAGAUCGAUGCUCGGAAGCUGCACUACAUGAGGAAGGCUCUGGUGAAACACGGCCUGGUCAGCAUGCAGUCUCACGUCACUCGAGUGAUCUCAGGACAGCAGCAGCACUCCAUCCUGCUGCUGCUCAAACGCUUCUACGUCAACAGGAGGGCAAAAUACGACAUCCUAAUGGAGUACAUCUCCAACCUCCUGCAGCAGUCCCCGGGUCAGUUUGCCACCCUGCUCACUCUGAAACACCACCUGAAUGUGGAUGACAGCACUUUCAAGCGUGUAUUUCAGUACAUGAGAAAUGCCAAGUUGGCUGAGUUCUGUCAGUACCCUCUGGAGGAUUUAGACCCAUCAGCCGGGCCGUGCAUCAACAAGAAAG